AUGAACAUCUUCAAAACUGGAAUACUCUUGAUUGCGUUGACAGCUCUGCUAAUGUUCAUUGGCAACAUAUUAGGGGGCGAAGUAGGAAUGGCAAUUGCCCUGAUCUUGGCAGCGAUUAUGAACUUCGGUUCCUACUGGUUCAGCGAUAAAAUCGUCCUGUCAAUGUACAGAGCGCAGGAAGCUAGUCCGAACAGCGAGUUAUACCAGAUCGUCAAACAACAGACCGAAAAAUCAGGUCUGCCGAUGCCGCAGGUCUACACAAUUCCAACCGAUAUGCCGAAUGCGUUUGCUACCGGCAGAAAUCCACGCCAUGCAGCAGUUGCCGCAACGGAUGGGAUUAUGCGACUUUUAUCGCGCGAUGAAUUGGCAGGUGUCAUUGGACAUGAGCUAGCACACAUCAAGUACCGUGAUAUUCUGAUAAGCAGCAUCGUUGCCACAAUCGCGGGCGCAAUCAUGAUGAUUGCGAACAUGGCGCAAUGGGCGGCGUUAUUUGGCGGUUUUGGUGGAGAUGACGACGAAGAUGGCGGUGGAAUCAUCGGUAUGUUGUUCCUGAUUAUCGUUGCCCCAAUUGCUGCAAUGAUUAUUCAGUUCGCGAUCUCCCGUUCCCGUGAAUACGCGGCAGACCGCGGUGGAGCGGAAAUCUGUGGCGAUCCAAUAGCAUUGGCAAAAUGCGCUUCGCCGGCUUGA